CGUGACCAUGUCUAGAAAGUGGCGAGGGAUGAUAGAGUAGAGAGAGGGAGCGAGGAGACGAGUAUUUAUUUGUCGGAAACAGAGAGAGAGCUGGCUGCCGCUGUGAUUCAUGGGUUCGUAGAAGGGAAGCUCUCCAAGUAAUUGGGCGACGGUGCGAGUAUCUGGAUGGGGGACUGAGAGUAGCAGCCGUAUUAUCUUAUGACUGCGUCCCAGAGAUGUCGAAGAAAUAGGUGCCGACGUGUUGGAAGUGAACGUCCUCCGGUCGACGAGAAUACAUGCUAUGGCUCUGUUGAAGUACAUCGUGCUGUUGAAUACAGAUGUUCCACGAUCAGCAAGAUUUUACGCACAUGGUCUGGGACUAGCUGUAACUGUUUGCUCUGAGCGCUGGGCUGAGCUUCAGUCCGGGGCUUUCAGGAUAGCCCUCAUGCAAGCUCCAAAGGGAACAGAUCCUCCAGCAAGAGGUUAUUCUCCGUUUCUUUCUUUCGAUAUAGAUGACAUGGAGGGAACUGUAACUAGGCUUCUGUCCAUGGGUGCAGAAUUAGACGGCUCUAUCAAAUAUGCUCCACAUGGAAAAGUCGCAGCUGUGAGGUGUUUAGACGGGCACAUGCUUGGUUUGUUUGAACCUGCUGAGACCAAAACGAAGCCAGAAAAGUUCGCCAAGCCUGGUGGUCCAGCUCCGGCAAAAUGAGAGAGGUUGUAGACAGGAAAGAAAGUCGGUAAACAUUACACUUCCUUCCAUACAGCGGCAAAGAUGUCAUUGCUUGGGAUGAGCUGACAAGGGUUGAAUAAUUUCUAAUCAGACACAAUACUAGCUCUUGGAAUUCAAUCCACAUUCUGUUGAGUAAAACUCAUCUCUUAAAUAUGUGUGAAGUGCUUGUAAGUUCACAGACCAUUUCCAUAGGCAGGACAGCUUUAUCAGUCGCAGGUAUUGGGUUCAAAUGUGAAAAAAUUUUAGAAGUAACUUGCAGGUUUUACAUGUAGGGUUUAUAGGCCAGAGAUCAGUAUAGAUGCAGGCGAUGAAAGAUGACCAUGGUGGUCAGUUCCACAGUGGUUCCAACUUUGCGAGGACUCAUGUUGUAGUUUUCACAUAUUCAUGUGUCCUUUAUGCCUCGAUGAAAUUAUAAUUUGGGAAGUGCACUCCUAGAUCCUGGUCUUAUAGACAGGGCAUGACACGUUUUAACAAGCAAUCAAAGUCGAAAUGAUCCUGUCGCCACUCCCUAACAAGAAAAUAGGGAUUGUCGUAGGAAAUCGUUCGUCACAAGCAGUAUUAUCUUCCAUGACUUAGUUCUUUUGUUUCUAUGUAAUAAGAAAUACCCGUCAUUAGAACCUUGUUCUAUAAUACUUUUCAACAUUUACAUACUAACACUGGACAGGUUAAAAAAAUAUACUCUCCUUUUCAGUUCUAGAUAACUUUUGGAAGCUAUGAAACAAAGUUGCUAUGCUGGAGAUAUCAACUGGAAAGCCCUCCGCGUUUCUUAGUUCGAGGAAGUUCAAGAUGCUUUACCCUCAUGGUUCCUGUUGGAAAGCUAUGACUAUUAUAGUUCGUGAAAUCUUUACGAUAUGACCAAAUUUGAUUAAGAAGAGUUAUGAGUACUGUUAUGUAGUCACUGAGAGGGAAGCUACUUUUAGCUUCCCUCUCACUGACUUUUCGACCUUAAGAUGGCAGCCUUUAAUAUUUUCCUACUUCAACCAGUUGUAUCUAUUUAUAUCUAUCUGAGAGUUUCUUCAUUCCUAGUUCUACGCAGGAGUAAUUGAUGUUAACUAGCUCACUUGCUGCUUUCAUCAGCCCGUUAGUUGGAGCUCAAGUACUGUGCUUCCCCGGGAUCUCCAUGUCUGCAAGGAGGUAUUUUUAAUCAGAGCUCUUAUCCACGAGGCUUUGCUGUGUGAAAGCCGUGCUAGAGGAUAGUGAACUCUAUGGAAUCAGGUUCUUUGGGCUUCAAUUUAUCCUGCAAGAUGAAGAUUUUCUUACGAGGUAACCCAGUGCUUGACUUUUGAAAAUGUAGAGUAACUUUUGCUUGUAAACCUGACAGACUUGUCCUGGAUGUGUUUUCAUUAGAUCAGUCCAUAUGAAAUUGUGCAAUCAAAAUUAGGAGAAGUUGAAGGUAGUCCUGCUCACCAACUUUCCACGCUAUAUAAUAUGACCUUGCUUACUUACCAUUUUUACAUGCGAUGAGUUCCAUAAAUAAUUUGCUUGUACGAUCAAAUAGUUCAUAUGUCACAUGGGGUGCACUUUUGAAAGAUGUUAGCCUUGCGAAGGUUAUCUUUGUUUCACAUAUCCUUCCGGCAUUUUCACAAAAUCUCGCAGUUAUUCAACACAAGUGCACUUGCCAUGCCAAUCGUGCAACUGUCGACACAUUCUCUGUAAACAGCCG